AUGGGGUAUGAUAUUAUUGAUAUUAAAGGAUUAAUUGCAUCACAUCCAACUGGGUUUGAAAAAUAUGGAGGGUUUUUAUUUUAUCUUGUAGUUAUAUUUCAAUUAGGAUAUUUUAUAUACAAAAUUAUUGAUAAAAAAUACUGUAUUAUUUUUAAUAGAUUUAGUACUAUCACAACAUAUAUCAUUAGAACAAAAUUUUUUGUUGAAUUGAUUAUGGUUAUUGGUCAAUGUUCACCAGAGAUAAUAAUGACUAUUCUGGGUAUUGUAUUUAAUACAUCAUAUUCAGUUGCUGUGUAUUGUGUUAUUGGAAGUUCAUUUUGUGCAACAAUUAUUGGAAGUAGUUUAGCAUCACUCAACUCAUAUAAUCCAAUUCAAAUUACACCAUUUUCAUAUCAAAGAACUUCAAUCAUCCUAUUAUUCAAUGUAUUGAUUUAUGAAUUAUUUACUGAAUCAAUCAACAAAAAUGGAAAUUCAAGAAUUGGAACAUUAUUAUUAGUUGUUUCAUUAGGUAUUUUCAUUAUUUAUUAUCUUUUGAAUCAAAUCAUUUCAAGAGUAACCAAUAAAAAUGUUCAAAACAUUAAAGAAUUUGAAUACAAAGAAGAAAAUGAUACAAUGGAUAUAAUAAAUGAUGAAGAAAUGAUUAAAUGUGGAUUAGUUCUUGUUAAGAAUAUAAAUUAUAGUGAAACAUAUUAUACAACAUCACAAUGGAAAGAGUUAUGGGUUGAUUUAUAUUAUGAUGAAAUUGUUAUUAGAAGUGAUAAAACAGCAGGAUCAAAAGAAAUUAUUAAAAUUCCUAUAACAACUAUUGAAGAAUGUGACAUUAAUUUAUUAGAUAAAACGAUAUUUGUAAUUAAAACGUUUAAUAAAAAAGAAAUUGGGAUGAGAAGUUUACAAAGAUAUGAAUGGGUCAAAAAUAUCCAAAAAUUAAUUAAUAGAAAUGAAAACAAACAAAUUGAUAAAGACAAACAAAAAAUACAAUUGGAAGAAAUAUUAAAAUAUGAUAAAUUUGAAAAGAAUGAAGAAAGAACAAUAUUUAAAAAUAUUAUUUUCUUUCUUCCUAAUUUAAUUGUUGAUUGGACAAUUCCAAUAUUUCAAUUUCCAUUAAGUGGAAUUAUUACAUUUGUUAUUGGAGGAAUUUAUAUUAGUAUUAGUGAAUUUAUUAUACUUAUAUUAAUUAUUAGAAUUAGUGCUGUUACUGGAAUAUCAGAAGAUUCAAUUGGAAUAGGAAUUAAUGGAAUAAUUGGAAUGGGAAUGAGAUUUAUUAUUAAUUCUUGGAAUGGUGGAUUUAAAGGAAUGGGAAGUGUGGUUAUUGAAAAUGGAUAUUCACAAGCAAUAUUUAUGAUGAGUUGUAUUGUUACAAUUCCAUGGAUUAUCUUUUACUUUAUCAUUGAAAAACAAUAUGAAUAUACUAUUAGUUUUAAUCAAACAUCAAUUGAUAUUAUUCUUUUUGGAAUGAUCAUCUUAAUUUCCUUAUAUUUACUUAUUUCAAUUUUAAGUUCAAAAGUAAUUAUCAAAAGAACUUAUAGCUUUAUUGUUAUUUUUGUUUAUUUUGCAUUGGUUAUAUCAUCAAUAAUAAUCUCUUCUUAUUAUCAUUCUUAA